GUCGCUUCUAGAAACCGGUCGCAUUAUUACGCGCUUUUUUUAGAGGAAAAACUAUUGCUUUCCUCUUCUGACCAUGAAUCGUAUUAUUUUAGUGAAAGCACUUUUUUUCGGCUUUUCAACAGUCGGUCUUUGGGUCUUAUUAGUUGUGAUUUAUCUCUUUAAUCGUCAGGAAAUCUCCUCGAAUGUAACGCCUUGUUUCGGGACAUGCGACAAGUUGUUUAUAUCUCAUACAGACAUCUACAACAUGGAAUUGGACACAGAUAUCAAGUCCGAGGUUACUCUUCACGGUUUGAAUAGACACUCUUGGGAAAAGUAUUGUCAGACCAGCCUCGAACAAAUUUGCAAUUACCCAAUUUUUCCGAAGGCUCCGGAUACAAGAGAGUACAUUCCAAAUGUUGACAUCACCUCGGACCUUGGAAGACUCGAUUAUGUAAAUAGAUUGCUGGGCUAUAUUCGACCGAAUGUCUCUGGAGAACAUCAAUUCUUGGUAACUUCAAAUGGCUUGGCAGAGGUUUGGCUAAGUCCUAAUGCCAACUGGAAAGAUGCUCAAAGAAUUGCUUACAUUCGGCCUCAAAGUUCACCGUUGAAGAAGUUGUCUUUCGAGGGUAUCAAGUCUCAAAUUUCGGAUAGCGUGAAAUUGGCCGCCAAACAAAGAUACUAUUUUGAAGUAAUUUAUUUUCAGUCGCAGAGUACUGCAACGAGAAGCAAACACGUAAUUCAGGUCGCUUGGAAAAGACCAGACAGUCGUAGAUUUGAAAUCAUCGAUGGAAAGUUUUACUUGCUGUAUACAAAGGACAUAGAUAAAGCGAAAUUGAAAGUUCUCGACGAUGAGUUACCUAAAGCUCUCAUCUGUGCGCAGUCUCGGACCAGAUUUGCGAACAGGCAUUUGAGGCCUGAAACAUUGCCUUAUUUGGAGAAAACUGCAGUAGAGAAGGCGUUACCUAUUUGUGAUUAUAAACCCAGUUAUCUUCUUGAUUCGGAAAAUUUACCUCGAGACUUUAAACAUUAUAGCGGAGUGCACAGGUAUGUGCAAAAAACCUACACAUACCCAUUUCCAAGCUUGAAUGGAGUGAUCAAAUCCAAAACUGCUCAAAAAGCUUUUAUAGCUGGAUACCCUUUGAAUGAAAAAGAGGCAUUGUCUGUGGUGACAAAUUACUUCAACACUGUCAAGAGGAUCUACCCCAGGAAAUAUGAACUUCUGUCAGUUAGACGCGUCGAAAAGAAAGAAGAUCUGCUUAAAGGGGAUAGAUAUCUCAUUGAGGUUGUGGUCAAAUAUCUUCCGAAUGGCGCCAGCUACAUCUUGGCGGAAUAUGUAUUUCAGCCAAAGAAUCUAUCUGGACCGUUGUGUUAUGCAAGCGGCCUGCAGUGGGACAGGACAGCGGAUGUUUACCUUAUUCUCACUGCCAAGAACCUGGGUCGAUGGGUUCACCAUUUCAUCAAGAACGUGGAACAAAUCAUAAAAGAAACGAAAGAUGAGCAUUUACACGUGGUCAUAUUUGACUUCGGCAGCCCAGAUAUUGAUUUAGAACAGGCUUUGAAAAAAAGUUCUCUGAAGAACUAUCAUUUCAUUGUACAACCUGGGAACUACUCUCGGACUCUUUCUUUUGGUAGAGCUGUUCAAUCGAUUAAGGACCCAAAUGCCAUUAUUGUAACUAUUGACAUGCAUCUGGAUCUUGGGAGUCAACUAAUCGAUGACAUACGUAAGCAUUGUAUCAAAGGAAAAAUGUUGUACGCGCCUCAGAUAGUUUAUCUUUACUGUAACGGAACCAGUGCUGUUCCCAUAGGGCGAUGGUACCAUUACAGCUAUGGAACUGUGGCAGUAUACAAAGAAGACUGGGACAAAUUUGGUGGAUUCUCGAAGGAUUUCGAGACAAAGGUUACCUGGGGAGGCGAGGACUGGGAUCUAGUAGAUGGUGCAGUCAGGAGUGGCCUGGAAGUAGAGCGCACACGUUGUCCAUCGAUCUACCAUUACUACCACAGUAAAAAAGGAAUGUGGAUAAAAACUGAAAAGCCUAAAUUGGCAAAUGCGGCAAAACCAACACCAAAGACAGCAAAACUAGUGCCAAAAAGGGCAAAACCGAUGCCUAAGACAGCAAAACCAAUACCGAAAUUUGCAAAACCGAUGCCAAAGAUAGCAAAACCAAUACCGAAGUUUGCAAAACCGAUGCCAAAGAUAGCAAAACCGAUGCCAAAAAUGGCAAAGCCGAUACCAAAAACGGCAAAAAUGACACCAAUGACCGCAAAACUAACGAGGAAAAAGGCGUAAAUCAAGUUUAAAGAUUAAAUUAUGGCCAGCAAGGUAUUCAAUUUGCUAUUCCUUCGACAAGGGGUCUUUCCUUGAUCGAAGACUUUGUUGGGACAGGAAAACGUUGUCUUCUUGUGCGGUACUAACAAUCUCUUGAUUUUAGACACCGUCUAAAUAUCCCAGACUUGGCUACAUGAUGGCGAUAUACGUCAAUUUUUAAUAGUUUUUCGUCGUGAACAGUGCAUCAAAAUGGAAGAUUUUCGUUCUAAAGAGGAUCUUAGUUUGUGGGCUUUAGCCGCACCCCCCACCCCCGCUUAACACCUCUUUAGUGCCCCCUCCACCCUUAAGAAUUUUAAGCACCACAUCAUGGGCGAGUGUAUCGAGAAGUUGAAGGCUUUUAGGAUUAUUAUAUACAUGGAUUCACAUAGAUUGAAAACCAGUUACUUCUGUUUAUAUAACUGCCACUAAAGGGCAAAUCAGCAAAUGUGCGCGUGACCCUUGAGAGAUUUAUUUUCUCUCCUCCGUCACGCUCUUUGUUUUUAUAUUCACCUCUAGUUUUUUGUUCAGAUUUUCACUGAUAUUUCUGAAUCAGAAAUUAUGAAAAUAAGUUUCAAACUGUGCUAAAAUUAUGAUAUAAUUCUAUCCUAUC